AAAAGAAAGCUGACCAUAGCUAUCCCACCAGUGCGGUUCCUAUCACACAGGAAUCAAGAGGCCCUGAGGAAACAGAUGGUUCCGUGAUGAACAAAACUGAGCAUGUAUGGAGUCCUGACAAAGCUACCAAUUCUCUUUGUCCCAGUAGUGAAUAUAUAAGAAGUCCAUGGGUGAAUAAACUGGGGCAAUAUCCUUCUACAAAAAGGCACAUGACGAUUGGCUUAACGACAAUAACCAGGCCUAAUGGAGUACAUUAUCUUUCCGAAACGAUCCAAAGUUUGCUGGACAGCAUGGAUGAGGAAAACAGAAAGCAGACAUUUAUAGUUGUAUUUCUCGCAGACUUUGACAGGGGAAAUAAACAGAUCAUAACGACAAACCUGUCAAAGCUGUUUCAUAGAGAAAUCGAAGAAGACAUCUUGCAUGUGAUCGAAACAUCGCCAAAAUAUUACCCCCAGCUUACGAACCUUAAGGAGAAAUUUGGAGAUUCAAAGACCAGAAUCUACUGGAGAUCUAAACAGAACAUAGAUUUUGCAUUUCUGAUGUGUUACUGCCACGAACUUUCUAACCUCUACCUUCACGUCGAAGAUGACGUCAAAGCAUCUCCGAGUGUAUUUCAUAAGCUGCAAGGAUUCAUUUCGUCGCAGAGGAAACCUUGGCCAAUGCUGGACAUUUCUUACAUGGGUCAUACUGCAAAAGUUUAUCACUCAGAGGAUCUAAGGAGCAUUGCAUCUUAUUUCUAUCUUUUGUACGCUGAAAUGCCAGGUGACUGGUUGAUAAGAUAUUGGCGACUGGUUAAAGUCCCAGAGAAUGCAGGAUUUAUUUUACCAGCGGCUUCUCUUUUUCAACACCAUGGUGUACAUUCCUCUCUACAAGAAAAGAGUUGGCCAGUCAACAAAACUUACGAUAGAUACUUUGAUGUCUAUGAUCACAAGUACUGGGGAAAAAACCCCUCAGCAGAAGUGUCUUCGUCGAUUACGCCUAAUCAAGGGAAACCUCAAGAUGCUUACAGAAGUGGCCUUGGAUACUUGUGGGGAAGAAACGUCAAGCAAGAUGACCAUGUAACAGUGCGCUUUAAUUCUGUCGUUAAUGCAAGCAAAGUAUUUGUGGAUACAGGCUCAAAUCUAGCCAUGAAAGAUUUUCUCAGGUCUGGUGUUUUACAAGCAAGCUUUGUCUCUGGGACAAACUCGUCAUCCUGUGGAAAGUUUGACACUGUUGUCCCAUUUAAAGACGGUAGAGCCCAAGCUAUUUUUAACAAAAUGAUCUAUUGCUUACGAAUUUUGGUUACUAAGGAUCAAAAUGAGUGGCUUUUUCUGAGGGAAAUAAACGUUUGGGAAGCGGAACGAUUAGCAAAUGUAAAUCUUUAAAUUUUAAAAGCUGAGUAAUAGUUACGUAAUAGACUUGAAGGCGAAAGAGCGUUUAAAUUUUGUCAUUAAAAUAAGCGUGCUGUAUGCAUAACGAUAAAUUUGAAAAUGUGAAUCUACAAAAUCCUCAGACCCCGGUUGUUCGUUGCUUGGAUAACGUUAGCGCUAUCCACGGGAUAAAUCUUUAUCCGGUCGUGGAUAGCGGAGUACGUUUUGCUAUCACUUAUCCCGCGCUGGAUACCGAUUUAUUCUUUGGAUAGCACUUUUCACCCUUUAUACGAAUGGGCCCAGAAGUACAUGUGCACGUCUCAGCGUCGUUCCUUUGACUUCUUUACCUUCGGUCUCGGCAAUAGCGAGGAAACUGAAGUGGUUAUUCAGUGAUAAAACGAUUAGUUAAUGACUAGUUUGAGUGUGAAUCUACUAGUGGUCUAUCAAAGAUGCUAAAGCCUGAUUGGUUACCCUUACUCACAGUCUAUUAGGUGUUGGACCAUGGAUAAUCUGUAAAGUGAUUCGCCUGACAGCGUGCAGUUGUUAACAAAACAAAAGAGAAAAAGAAAACGUUAGGCUGUCUUAUGUUUUUUGCAGACUAGUAGAUUGAUGCUAAAACAAUUUGAUUACAGUGGCUCUCGAUUUCUACGCCUCCGGCUCGCGAUUUACAUACUAUUCUUGUUUUUUCCUAGCAUCCCAAGUGGGUUAUUACCCGAUAACUCGAUAGAAAUGCGGUCCAUUGCUUUUUGGCAAUAGAAUUGGCGAAAGAAAGUUCCGUCUAUUGCUUAAAAAGCUAUUGCACAUGGGCUCGCCGUCGCAAUGAGGAGCACGCAAUCCAUAUGUUAAAUCGACGGUUGUGUCAUGGAAGUACCAUUUAGCGAGGGAAUAAUUAAGAUGUUUGGUGCUUUUUCUUUAUUCAAUAGUUGUGUUUCUGUUCAGACGAGUGCUAUGUUGUUCAAACUGCGUUGUGACCUUUUGGAUUCGGGAGUAUAAUUUAGGAAAUAUAUUUUACGAAAGCAGGCAUAUAUAGGAUCAAAGAGAAUUUCUUUGUGUCCGCUUUUAUAUAAGGCUACGUAGACAUAAAAAAAAAAAAAACUUCUAGCAAUUUCUCAGUUGUUGUUGCAAAACAAAGUUUCUGUUUGUAAAAAUACUGAAUUUCGUAUUUGCAUAUUUACGGUCAAUCCACUUUCGCCAUGUUUGAAAUCUAUGCUUAUACCUAGCGACUAGUUGUAGCCUCCUCAGACCAAUCACAGAACAGCAUUUCUCAUACGGUUGACAUCCUGUAAUGGCAGCUUCUGAUCUCAUCACAUAUGUUCCAUACGUAGGCAAUACAGUGUGCACUUCCCAGUCACACCAUAAGGCUGACCACAACUCGCUGGCGGAAUCACCGUCAGGAUGUACAAAAAGCUUAUAAACCCGGGUUAAACAAGAAAUCCGUACUUUUGUAAUCUUUUGAAUUUUGCUCAAAUUGGCGUGGCUUGGAAAUGAAACACGCAUGAAAUCAAAGUAAUAGGUAACAAAUAGUAACGAAAUACGGAAACUAACACACACAAAAAACACUUUAGGCAGAACGAGAAUGGUGCGUAAGUUAGUCAUCUCUGCGUAACAAAAACGAUGUCUGCAUUACACCGUAAUUUGCAUGACUACUCACUCAGAAUAGGCGUCGUGUUUUUGUUCUGAGAUUGUUAUUUAAGCAAGAUUAUGUCACCAUGACAUCUAAACAAAGUUCAACUAAGAGAUAGUUGAACCAGAAUGCUCAAGUAGAAGUUUCUGGCAGAUGUCUUUAUCGAGUUUUCCUCUAAAUGCCGUCUUAUUUUGUCGCGAAAAAUUCCCACCCUAAAGUUUUGCGUGAAAAUAACAUCACUGAGACCCGCCUUCCCUUGAGGGACAAUUUUCAUAGCUGCGGUAGCAUUAGCGUGGUUAGCGUUUCGGUUUUUACAAUAACAAGCAUAGCUUUAUAAAAACAGCGUUUGAAAAGAACAUAGUAUUAUAAAAGCAAGUUUCGAUUAAAAAAAUGUUUUUUGUUUGUAUAUUGCAUACAUUUCUGUAGCUCAUGCAACGUAUGACACGCAAGGCCAAACACCGCGAAAACUAUUUGCUGCGCAGUGAAUUCUCUUCAUUUAUUCGAAUAAAUCUGAAUUCCCUUCAACUUUAGGGUCAAGAAAACUUGUUGCAGGUAUAGUUUAGAUACAUUCCACAGAAAUCGCGUCAGAAACAAGAUUGGUUAUCUCUUUUAUUUGGUCAAGUAUUCUCAAACAAAGCCCUUUCUUUCUCGUUCAUAAAUAGAGUUCAACUGCACAUACAUUUUGACUUGUAUUCUUGUCAAUGAAGCCCUCAACUUGCAAGUAAUCUGCACAUAUAUACUUGCAAUCUUCAAUUCUGCUCAAACUCAAAAAUGAGAUUUUAUGACCAGAAUGUCAUCAGUUGAGCUCAAACAAGGACAAGGGAACUUUGACUACAAAUGUAAGGUGCUGCAAUAGAAUUAUAAGUUAAUAACACAAACGAUAUUUUCUUCACUUUUGUUCAGAAAGUAGCCCACUAAUUGAUAAACUUAACCUUUACACAAAGUGUCUUCAUGUUUAAGCCAUAAUUAAAUACUGUAUGUAGUAACUUGCCCUUACACAGUGUCUUCAUGUUUAAGCCAUAAUUAAAUACUGUAUGUAGUAACUUGCAUGAAUCAAAUUAAGUCUGAAAUAAGAAUCUACAGCAUUAAGCUUACUUUAGAAUCAGUCUACAAAGCAAUACGACAAAAUGUGAAAAAAAAUAAAUGUUUCCCCAUUUCCUUACAUCAGCAGGCACCAGCAGGCUUACCCCCCACACAGUUUCAAAUAAAUUUUACAACGUAAAGGCUACUGAUGAGAAUUUUUUUAUAAAAAAAAAAAAGAGCUUUUCAAGUUCAUGAUCAUAUCUUAAGUUCUCGUGACCAUAUACUGUGUGAUUCAGAUACUUUGCAGAGAAAUUAGAUGCGAGUUACUCUUCAGAGUUAAAGGGUGAUAAGACAACUGAGGGAGUCUGGGGAAAAGACAAAGUGUAUGGUCUCAGAAAAUAGACAUUAUAUAGACAUUGUUCCAUGGAAUGUGGGCACGAACAAUGUUUAAUAAAUGAACAAGUAAGCGCAGCAAAGGAGUGAAGUUUUUGAUGCAUUGCAAUGAGUCAAUAAAAAUCAUUCAAGCAGUUUUAAUGGUAUGUUUUUAUUUCAUACAUACUGAGAUUUUUUCUUACUGACCGACACAUUUCAAAGAUUGGAAGAAAAAGACUGUGAAAAUACAUCAUUCAUCCAAUCAGAGACACUGACCAGUCCUUCAAAUCUUAGCAUGUAUGAAAUAAAAUAUAAUACUAAAGGCUCGACACAAACAGUAGCCAACUAGCCAUCAGUUUUGGCUGGUGGUU